AUGGUCGUUCUCAUCGCCACAUUAUUCCUCCUGCUGCCGUCUCUCGCAACCUCGACCGACCUGUUCCCCAUCGUGAACGUGACGUUCGAGAACGAGAUGCAGCACGCCGUGGACCUGAUGUGCAACUUCGAGCCCGAGCAGCGGAUCACGACGCUGAUGCCCGGCGAGCUGGUGUGGUGGACGGUGGAGGACAUCCUGUUCCCGGCGGUGUGGUGCUACCUGCAGGUGACGGAUGACUUCUUUGGGAUGUUUUGGGGGUACUUGGUGACAAAGAAUUGCGGGACCCUUUGCCGUUGGAGGAUCAAAGAAGAUGGGGUUUAUUACGUGCAAAGCAAGGAUGGGGCGUUGCAAUACCAAUGGCUGUACCAAAUUCCGGGCGGCGGGUUUGUUUGA